CACUACCACCACCACUACCACCACCGCCGCCGUUCUGCAGACAGACAGACAGCAGUCGACUUGGUUUACUACAACCUGCUCGGGCCAGCAGUCACACACACACACACACACACUCAGCCGCUCCGCGGACACUUCUACUUCUACAAGAUUUUUAGUUACUUGCUUCCCAGCUGAUUAUCGGAGUAAAGCGUUAUUAUUACGCUGGCUAACAAUGCGCGUGGUGAUCUGGCGAGCGCGUUUGGAGUUAGGAGCGGGUCUCGUGCUGGAUGUAACCGCUCACUGCCACUGACAACUGGCUAUUAAGCAGACUGUGCUGUGCUGUCAUUAGUAUUUGAUUAUCAGUAGUAAUUCAUACUUCACCAAUUACUCCAGUGGAAUGUAAUUUCAAGAAACGUCGUUGACGAUGUGUUUGUUUUCAACUUUAGAGACACGUUGGUUUCGUCGAUUCGUGGAGACAGUGUGAGUGAAUAAACAUCAAGCGAAAUGACGAGAAAGUAACUUUCUUUAGUCUUUGUUGUUUUCAGAGUGAUAUCUUUUUUUCUUGGCUUUGUGGACUUAUCAAAUUCAACGUGUUUCUUGUGCCCACCAUUUGCCGUACAGAUAACUGUUGGGUAUCAUUUGCCAUUUGAAUGUUCAGUAAAGGAAUACAUUUCGACUGCACUACUGGUAUUGAGAGGAGAAACUUUUUCAGCACAUGAACAAAUUGGAAGUUUUCAACAGUGGAAGCGGAGUCGUCACUGAUAACUUUUUUCACGUAUUGGAUUUAUCGUUAACUUAGCUCCGUGAGUUUUCAGUGUUGUGUUCACAAGGCUGAUAUUCUGAGAGUUUGUAAACAAUUCUUCUUUUCUGUCUCAGCAUUUCCUUCUUUGGAAGAGAAAGGUAGUAUCAUUCAACUUUUGGCUGUGUUCCUUAUUGGUUGUCUCAACUUUUGAAAUUGAGUUCGUUGAUCAACCGAUCGAUCCCUAAUGUCCAGUCUUGACCAUCUAGGCCAGCAGCUGCAGCAACAACAAUCCGUCCCGGGGUGAUCCCCCACCCGCACCAAAUGGUGACCACCAUGGCCAGUGUCAAAUUAGUCAACGGUCACCUCAGUCAUCAUCAUUCGUCACCUUACCACCACCCCCACCACAGACCCCCGCCAUCCCACCUCAACAACAACAACGCCAGCAGCCACCACGACCACAACCAUCCUUUGAUCCGGCCCCCGAGCUCCCCGAGUCCUGGGGCGGCCCAAGACGUGACCCUCGACUUCAGUGUCCGGCGCCGGUCAGCCCGGGCCGAGGAGUCGGCAGACGAGGCGGAAAGUGAUAUCGGCCCCAGGGACCUUUCUUCCCCGCCACAGUCGCCCCCCGACCCCACUCGGGGAGAUCCCCUGGGACUGCUGGAGACACCCACGAAGAAGAACAAACGGAAACUGAGUGAGCCAAAGAAAAGAGCCGCCGAAGUUACUGUCAAACGUCUACGUCCCGACUCUCCCCACAACGAUGAAGGAAAUAUCGCUGCUGACUCAAACUCUAACCCUGAUACAACCGAGAGCAACAAUACCCAGGAAGCUGUUAGCCGCGGUGGUAAGGGAAAGAGGAAAGACAGUAACAACCACGGAAAGAAACUCUCGUGUCCAUCCAACACAUCAUCAUCAAAAUUUCAUUCUGGUAAAUCGCAACCUCAUUUAACGAGAGACUCGCCUGUGUCAUCGUCCUCAUCACCGAGUGCUCAAGAGGGUGAAGACGCCGCCAAAGGAAGUGUCGGAGAAGGAUCAUCAGGUUCGUCUCCCUCUGUACCCCCUAACGGCGUGCCCUCUCAUUUCUUGCCCCAUGUGUUCCCUGGAGUACCUCCCGCUGCAGCAGCUCUAGGCUACCUCCCGGCUCUCUACUUCAGCGGUCGUCCAUACCCUCACCCCGGUCUCCACGCGUCUUUCCCUACCCUACCUCUUCACCUCCAACAGAGUUACAUCGCAGCAGCAGCAGCGGCGGCAGCAGCAGCAACAGCACAAUCCACCUCAUUGCCAUCUACGUCCACGUUCUCUGCAUCGGACGCAUCAACAUCCUCGAAAAGUGGUGCAUCGUCGUCAAAGAAUAAAGCAGAGACGAACGUUUCUGAUUCCCGGGUAUCCGACCAUCCGACGGCUCACCCAAAAGCAGCCAAAUCCUCAGCCACCUCGUCAAACCAUAGGACUUCCACGCCGUCCAGCUCACGUCUUCAUCCUGUUCCUCCUCCAUCGUCCAUGACCCCCCUUCCCCACCCAAGCAUGCACCAGCUACCCUUUCCUCUCCAUGCGGGCACCUCCAGAGAUGAGGACAAGGACGAUUCAGACCCUGGGAGGUCACAGUCUCCGGAAGAUCUCAGCCUUGGAGGUAAAAUGUCUCGAAAGCAUCGUAAAAAUUACAAAAAUAUGACUCGUGAGCGAAGGGUGGAAGCGAACGCUCGGGAGAGGACUAGAGUUCAUACCAUUAGCGCAGCAUUUGACGCGUUAAGGCGUGCAGUGCCAUCUUAUUCCUACAAUCAAAAACUAUCCAAGUUAGCCAUUCUUAGGAUCGCUUGUAGCUACAUCAUGUCCUUGGCCAGACUGGCAGACCAGGACUAUACCUCAGCCUCUGAGCACAUCGGAAAGCCGCUCAGCUUUGCAGACUGCGUGGAUAUGUGCACCAACACGAUCCAAACGGAGGGCCGAGCCAGGAGACGACAUUAACGCAUCAGGGCUGACUGAGUCAAGACAGGAACAGAGCAGAAAAGAUCACCUGUGCCUACUGAUCCAAGUGAUGAAGCAGACUGGCGUUUUCCAACAAGAUCACCGUGAAGCGGAGAUACAGUUAGUUAGGAUUUUUUAUGAAAUUAUAUCAAAAGUUCAAAAGUUGAACAUAAAAUGUAUUUUACAUUUCCGUAAAGUACAGACUCCGAUUUGUGACUCCAAAUGAAAGAAUUCUAUAUGUACACGUGAUGUACCACAAACUAUAAUGGUGUUUGGUGUCAAGACGAGUAUCUUUGUAUGAGAUUUUUAAAAAGCUAGUUUCGCUCUUAUCCUUCUGAAAAUGUGUUAAGAAACCCCCCAAUAUCAAAUAACAAAGCCUUUCACAGACAACAAUACUGUACAUGUGUAUGUGUGCUCUUUGCCAUAUUUUAUUGUUUAGUUUUUCCCUCUUCCCUGGUGCUUCUAAAUUUGUUGAACACGUAUAAUUUUUAUGCUAUUAAUGAAUGGUCCUUCCUUUUACUUUCAAUUUUAUGGGUGUUUUGAAUUAAAGUCAGAGUAAAGUUUAAAAGAUUUAAAAAAGGUCACAGAAGUUGACAUGCUUUUCUUUUAUGGAAAUUUAGUUGUUCCUAGAAAAAAAACUAGAAAAAAAAUUAUUUAAAAAUCAAUCAAAGAGUAUUGUACCAAUAUAAGUCAGUGAAUAGAAAUUAUGUUUACUAGGCAUUGAUGCCAAAAGGGAACAAGCGGGUGUCUGAACUUGGGUGAUGAAGUUUUAAAAGUUAAAUUAUGUUAAUCCACAGAGCAAUGGGAUUUGUCGUAUAUUUGAGGCCAACGUAACAACCAAAACCUUGUGAGAGGAAAUAUCAGUAACCGGGUACUUAUAGUCACAACGUGGGGGAGCAAAUGAAUCGUUAUUAAUGGUUAUAACGUGCGACUAUAAAAAAGACAACACCGUUUCAUAAUACAAAUUAUUGUAAAAGUAAAAGUAUUUUCUGCUCCGUUAGGGGGGAGGGGUGGUAUAAGUAUAAGCGGAUACAGUAUAGAUUUUUGGGUUCUGACAAAGUUUAUGUGACAGUUUGAUGUCGUAAUGCCUGCAAAUUAACUUCUCUUGCCGUUCGAUAAUAACCCAUUAUAUUCAGGAAAAAUGAGUUUUCACCACAAAAGUUG